AUCGUUCAUGUGUAUCUUUGGUGAGAGAAAAAGCAACCCAGCUUGAAUGCUAUAGAGAGGAAAGGGGGUCUCUCUAGGUUUUAGCUUUAGCACACACUGUUUGUUGAAUGGGGAAAGUGAGAGAGAGUUGCUGCCGCCAACUCCCAUUGAAUGCUCCCAACCUUCACUGCUUCCGCCUUCUUCUUUACGUCUUUUUUUAAACUCUCAAAAAACUCUCUCUACACUCUUCUUUCUAUUUACCCUGCUCCCUCACUCGCAAAACCCUAAUUCCCCCCUCCAAACCUUCGCUUCUUCAAUCUCCUCCUGCGCCAUCUCCAAUUUCACUUUCUCUGCUCCUUUCUUCGCUAGGAUGGCAGGGGUGGAGAACAACGACGGGAACGAGAGUGAACGGGAAUUAGCAGGAACUAGCGAUAACGGUUAUGCGGAAGCUGCAGAGCCUAGUGGCUCUGCUGGUGGCGAAGGGAACGAUGCCGUUUCGUAUGCGAACGUACUGCGUUCGAGGAACAAGUUUGUCGAAGCUCUCGCGCUCUACGAGCGUGUCUUGGAGAGUGACGGCGCAAAUGUGGAGGCUCUCAUUGGGAAAGGGAUAUGCCUUCAGAUGCAGAAUAAGGGAAAGCCUGUGUUUGAGACUUUUUCCGAGGCUAUCAAGCUGGAUCCUCAGAAUGCUUGUGCUCACACGCAUUGCGGUAUUCUGCACAAAGACGAGGAUCGCCUGGUGGAGGCUGCCGAGAUGUGGCCUGAUUUGAUUAAAAAAGCAAAAGAAGGAGGGUUAGAUGCUAUUGAAACAUAUGUUUUCUGGAAUGCACAUGAACCUGUUCGUCGCCAAUAUGAUUUCACUGGCAAUAAUGAUCUCAUUAGAUUUCUCAAGACCAUUCAAGAUGAAGGACUUUUUGCUGUGCUUCGCAUUGGCCCCUAUGUCUGUGCUGAAUGGGAUUAUGGAGGGAUCCCUGUGUGGGUUCACAAUCUACCUGGUGUGGAGAUUCGGACGGCAAAUAAAGUGUACAUGGUAAAAAAAAUUGUACUUUUUAACUUGCUAGAUCCGCACUAUGCUCCUGCAUACUAUAAUCUUGGUGUGGUCUAUUCUGAAAUGAUGCAAUAUGACAUGGCCCUCAAUUUCUAUGAAAAGGCUGCAUUAGAGAGGCCCAUGUAUGCUGAAGCAUAUUGCAAUAUGGGUGUGAUCUUUAAAAAUCGUGGUGAUUUGGAAUCGGCUAUUACUUGUUAUGAGAGAUGCAAAACAUACGCACUAAAUUUUUCGAUGUCCAACCACAGACUUCUCUUGAGUAGGCAUUUUUUAUUGACGCGGUGAUGCACUGACGUGGUGUCUAGGGAUGGCAAAAAUACCCGCACCCGCGGGUAUCUGUGGAUAAAAUCCGCUACGGAUAAUAAAUGGAUAGGCUAAUUG